AGUUGCCCAGUUAAAAAAAAAAGAAUGCAGCAGAAUCGACGAUUAGACGAUUCUUCGUGUCCGAGCCAAACAUUGGUAGUUCUCACCUUGCUGAGCUUAUUCCUAUGUGCAUUUACUGCUUUUGGUUCUGCAUUUCUUCUCUAUCAACUAAUGGAUAGUACUUCUUGCAAAGAUCCCAGGCUUCCACUGAAAAUGGACUAUGUUUGGCCGGGUAACGUUCAAAAAAUUAUUGACUACGUUAUAGAAAAUGACAUGCAUGUCACGAAUAACGAUAGAACGUUUAUUAUAAGAACAGAGCUGAUGAGGUUUAAAACUACCGACGAGUUCUAUAUAAUCGUAUACGAUCACACGCCGGAAUCUAACAAUCAUGCAUUCUACGGAAACAAGGAUCAAUAUAUUGUUUCCAUAAACCCCGGAAAGUCAAAUGUUGUUGUAUAUAGAAGCCGCUUCUGGAAAAGCUCCCAGGAUAGUGCCUACAACAAAGUGAUGCGAGAAGUCGAUGCUCUCAAAGAAAAUGGAAUUCAAUUCGAAACCGAUUAUUCUCAUCUUCCAAAGCAACUGUCGCGAAACUUCACAGAUUCCAAUUUUAUUGGGAUAAUAUCUAAUGAUCUUAAUCCGAAAGUGCGGGGAGCAAAUAAUUGGGCAAGAUAUUGGGGACCAGGGUAUUUUGAAGAAAUCCCAGUUUUUGAUGGAACAACAAAACAGGAAAAAGGAAGUAAAAUUACUGUAGUCGUUGGUUACAAAUAAAACUAUCGAAAUAAUUUCAAUUGCUUUUUACAUUUUAAUAAAUUCGAUUUUGUUCAA